CACAUGUGUCCGGAUAGUCCCGCUGUUGGACGUGAACUGUGAGAGAGUGAGAAUGAGUGGGUUGACUUUCAGGUCAACAAAAGGCCAUUGGAUCACGAGCCUCAGCCGGCAUGGAUCCACUGGGUUAUUUGUGCCACUAAGUCCUCCUUUGGACCCUGAGAAGAUAAGAGAGUUACAGUGCUUCAUCACCCUUUCCAAGAAACUCCUAGUGAUGACGGGGGCAGGAAUUUCCACCGAGUCAGGGAUUCCAGACUACCGGUCAGAAAGGGUGGGACUUUACGCCCGCACUGACCGAAGACCUAUUCAGCAUUGCGAUUUUGUUCGAAGUGCCCAAGUCCGCCAGCGGUACUGGGCCAGAAACUUCGUGGGAUGGCCUCAGUUCUCCUCCCACCAGCCCAACCCUGCACACUGGGCUUUGAGCAACUGGGAGAAACUUGGAAAGCUGCACUGGUUGGUGACUCAGAAUGUGGAUGCUUUGCACACCAAAGCAGGAAGUCAGCGUCUCACUGAACUACAUGGAUGUAUGCACAGGGUCCUGUGCCUGAAUUGUGGUGAGCAGACUCCCCGAGGGAUGCUGCAAAAACGCUUCCAAGUCCUGAACCCCAGCUGGAGUGCCGAGGCACAGGGCGUGGCCCCAGAUGGCGACGUGUUCCUCACAGAGGAACAGGUACAGAGCUUUCAGGUCCCAUCCUGUGCUCGCUGUGGAGGCCCUCUGAAACCAGAUGUCGUUUUCUUUGGGGACACAGUAAACCCUGACAAGGUUGACUUUGUACACAGGCGUGUGAAAGAAGCUGACUCCCUUCUAGUAGUGGGAUCUUCCCUGCAGGUGUACUCUGGUUACAGGUUCAUCCUUGCUGCCCAGGAGAAGAAGCUGCCGAUAGCCAUUCUGAACAUUGGGCCCACACGCUCAGAUGACUUGGCCUGCCUGAAACUGAAUUCCCGUUGUGGAGAGUUACUGCCCUUAAUAGACCCUCAUUGAUCACAAUCUGAUGUUCACGAGCCAGAAACUGACUUUCCCUUGAAUCUUGCUACUAGAGAUCUUUAUAAGGAUUCAUAUUUCCCCUCAAACUAAUUGAAGCUUACUGAUUGCAUCCUGUAGAGGGCAGCAAACCUUCCUCUAUCUGCCAGGCCAACCCAGCUGUGUCCAGAGGCAAAGGUCAAAGUCUUCAGGUUGAUGAGACCCAAACAAGACUUUUUCAAAGAAACAGCUGCUCUUGAUGGCAGAACUAUGUUCCUUUCCUUUCUCUAUCAUCUGGCAGAAACAGCAGACUGGGAAGUGUGCAAGCCAAAGUGGUCUCUGGGGUGCUAGCCUGGGGUCUCACUAAUUCAGGGAACACUAAGGAAGUGACUUCGUUUGUAAUUCCAAAGGUUGUGUCAUUAACUGAAGCACUUUGAUACUUUUGAUGAAACGAGCAAUGGCAUAAAUGAAUUUUUAUUAACCAAGAAUAAAUAACAUUUAAUAGCAUA